AUGGGUCAGACAAAAGAAUUGCGUUACGAGGUUAAGUCCUCAGAAGAAUUAGGACGGUAUCUCGUAGCAUCUCGAGAUUUAGCCCCUGGUGACGUCAUACUCACAGAACCCCCGAUUAUAUUUGGACCCAAGGCGAUGCCUGAUCCUGAAGCUAAAAUGCCUUGCGUUGGCUGCUAUAAACCUAUAUUUACCGAUAUUGGAGAGCGAUGUUCUAGUUGCGGCUGGCCAGUAUGCUCUGGUAACUGUCCAGGUCUCACAGACUCUCGGCAUCACGGCUUGGAGUGCCUCGUGUUGAGAGCGCGACCUGACUGCGUACUGGACAAUAUGGCGGAUUAUUACAGACAUGACGCCCUCUUUCCACUACGUUGUGUGCUGCUGCAGAAGACUGAUCCCGAAAGAUGGCGGCAGGUUCUGGACCAACAGUCCCACAUGGAGAGCAGAUUACCAGGCUCGGAGGCAUAUGAGGAAGCAAAUGAAUUUAUCGUCGAGUAUCUCACCAGCAAUUUCAUCGAUAAACUCGACGGCGGCCUUAAAGCAAAAUAUCUUCCAGAAAUUUCGAAAGAACUGUUACACAGAAUGUGCGGUGUUAUCGAUACAAACGCGCUCGAAAUACGGCUGCCUGAAGGGUGUGAACUUAAUGUAUUGUACGCUCAGACCAGUAUAAUGGAACACAGUUGCAUACCAAACACAAAACAUACUUUUACCGUAUAUACCAAAGAUAAAAACAAUUUAUACAAUAUAACAGUAAAAGCCGUUGUUCCCAUAUUAAAAGGUGAACAUGUAGCAACUAUGUAUAGUCACGCGUUGUGGGGAACCCAAGCUAGACGACAACAUUUGAGGGAUACUAAAUAUUUUUCAUGCAAAUGUCCGCGAUGCAGUGACCCAACAGAACUCGGUACUUAUUUAAGCGCUAUGAAAUGUAUGGGCGAUGGUAAAAAGGUGUGCGAUGGUAUUCAUUUACCAGAAGACCCGCUAGAUGACGAAACUGAAUGGGCGUGCAGUAAAUGUAAGGUGAAGCUAGGUAAUUCUCAAAUCAAUGGUUUAAUUGCUCAAAUAGGAGAAGACGUGGAUAACGCUCUUAUGAUGGGCGGAUCUGUGACAAUGUUAGAAAACAUUUUGUGUAGGCUAUCAACAUUUUUACAUCCAAACCAUUAUCACCUGUAUUCAAUUAAACAUUCGCUCGUUCAAUUAUACGGAAGACAGCCCAGUUACAUGACGGAAGAUAUACUGGAUAAAAAGAUUCAGAUGUGUAAAGAUCUUAUUUUUAUAACAAAAACAUUAGACCCAGGUAACGCUAGACUUAGCUUAUAUAGCGCUGUUUUACACCAUGAACUCCAUUCAGCGUUAGUUCUUAAAUCUAAAAAGAUUAAAAGUGAUGGUACACCGAAAACAGUGGAAGAUAUAAAACAAUUAUUAGUUGAAGCUAAGAAUUCUGUAAAUGAAGCUUUAGACUCACUCGAAGAUGACUCUGAAGAAGCGUCAGGUAAAAAACUAAUUGAGGUUAUAGCUAAAAGCAAAAAUGAUUUCGAAAGGUUUUGCAAAGAAAAGAAUAUAAAUUCGUUGUAACAUUUAUUUAAUUUCACGAAACAAAAUCUAAAAAUAACAUAACAUAAACAACAUAAUAAAUAACACUAAAUAAAAGCUAAUAUCACAGUUAUAUUUGUAUU